UCCGUGUGUAAUUUUCUCAUCAGCAGCUCUGGAAGUUUUUGGAUACCAACCGAGGUGCCGGGGACUUCUCCGCUGACUGCCGCCCCCCCCCCCUCCCCGUCCCGCCUGUCCCGGUUCGGGUAAAAAAGGCGCACGUGUGUCAUCGCUGGGAUGUGAGUUGAGCCGCAUCCAGACGCACUGACCGCCGCUGGCUGAUGCUGCUCCACCCCGCCUCCACCCACCACACACACACACACACAUACACACACACCAACUCCACCUCAUCUCGGUGGUGUUGUGCGCAAAACCUCCAGCGCCGGACGGACGGACGCAGUUUGACGGAACAAACGAGCGGCACUGCGGGGGGGGAGAUCCAAGAAAGGCGCAUCCGCGGCACACAUGGAUAUUUAACCGGGCAUUUGACAUUUUUUUUCUGUUUUUUUUUUUUUUUUUUUUUUUUUUAAAUAAACCCCUGUGAUGUUGCUUUUGCCCCGGGGGUCUUAAUUAAACCUGCUCGAUGUCUCUCAUCAGUUUAUAACCGAAACAAAAUGAGGAUUUCUUCUCGCCACUGGUUUCUGUUGAUAUUCUGUGGCUUUUGGGGACUGGCAAUGGGUGCUUUCCCGAGCAGCGUUCAGAUCGGCGGGCUGUUCAUCAGAAACACCGAUCAGGAGUACACCGCCUUCCGUUUGGCAAUCUUCCUGCACAACACCAGCCCCAACGCCUCGGAAGCCCCCUUCAACCUGGUGCCUCACGUGGACAACAUCGAGACGGCCAACAGCUUCGCCGUCACCAACGCCUAUCUCAGCAAUUAUUUUGUUUGCUCCCAGUACUCCCGCGGUGUCUUCGCCAUCUUCGGCCUGUACGACAAGCGCUCGGUCCACACGUUGACGUCCUUCUGCAGCGCGCUGCACAUCUCCCUCAUCACGCCCAGCUUCCCCACCGAAGGCGAGAGCCAGUUCACGCUGCAGCUCCGGCCGUCCAUCCGGGGGGCGCUGCUGUCCCUCCUGGACCACUACGACUGGAACAAAUUUGUCUUCCUGUACGACACCGACCGGGGAUACGCCAUCCUGCAGGCCAUCAUGGAGAAGGCGGGACAAAACAACUGGCAGGUCAGCGCCAUCUGCGUCGAGAGCUUCACCGACGCGAACUACCGGCGGCUGCUGGAGGACCUGGACCGCAGGCAGGAGAAGAAGUUCGUCAUCGACCUGGAGGCGGAGCGGCUGCAGAACAUGCUGGAGCAGAUUGUCAGCGUUGGGAAACAUGUCAAAGGCUACCAUUACAUCAUGGCCAACCUGGGCUUCAAGGACAUCAACCUGGAGCGCUUCAUGCACGGCGGAGCCAACGUGACGGGCUUCCAGCUCGUCGACUUCAGCAACCCGAUGGUCAUCAAACUGAUGCAACGCUGGAACAAGCUGGAUCAGAGGGAGUACCCGGGCUCGGACGCCCCACCCAAGUACACCUCGGCGCUGACGUACGACGGCGUGAUGGUGAUGGCCGAGGCCUUCAGAAACCUGCGCAGGCAGAAGGUAGACAUUUCCAGACGGGGGAACGCCGGCGACUGUCUGGCCAACCCGGCCGCCCCGUGGAACCAAGGCAUCGACAUGGAGCGCACCCUCAAGCAGGUCCGACUGCAGGGAUUAACAGGUAAUGUCCAGUUUGACCACUAUGGCCGCCGGGUUAACUACACGAUGGACGUGUUUGAACUGAAGAAUAAUGGACCCCGGCGGAUCGGCUACUGGAACGAUGCAGACAAACUGGUGCUGAUCCAGGACUCUCCUCUGCUUCCAAAUGACACCUCCGGCAUAGAGAACCGCACCGUGGUCGUCACCACCAUCAUGGAGGGUCCCUACGUGAUGCUCAAGAAGAACUGGGAGAUGUACGAGGGCAACGACCAGUACGAGGGGUACUGCGUGGACCUGGCCUCGGAGAUCGCCAAGCACAUCGGCAUCAAGUACAAGAUCUCCAUCGUUCCCGACGGGAAGUACGGCGCCAGGGACCCGGAGACGAAGAUCUGGAACGGGAUGGUCGGGGAGCUGGUGUACGGGAAAGCGGAAAUCGCCGUGGCCCCUUUGACAAUCACGUUGGUCCGGGAGGAGGUGAUCGACUUCUCCAAGCCUUUCAUGUCGCUGGGCAUUUCCAUCAUGAUCAAGAAGCCCCAAAAGUCCAAGCCGGGCGUGUUCUCCUUCCUGGACCCGUUGGCCUACGAGAUCUGGAUGUGCAUCGUGUUCGCCUACAUCGGCGUGAGCGUGGUGCUCUUCCUGGUCAGCCGCUUCAGCCCGUACGAAUGGCACACCGAGGAGCCCGAGGAGGGCACCGACGGUCCGCCGAGCGACCAGCCCCCCAACGAGUUUGGCAUCUUCAACUCCCUCUGGUUCUCCCUGGGCGCCUUCAUGCAGCAGGGCUGCGACAUCUCCCCCAGGUCGUUAUCGGGUCGAAUCGUCGGAGGAGUGUGGUGGUUCUUCACCCUCAUCAUCAUCUCGUCCUACACGGCUAACCUGGCUGCCUUCCUCACCGUGGAGAGGAUGGUUUCCCCCAUAGAGAGCGCCGAGGAUCUGGCCAAGCAGACGGACAUCGCGUACGGCACUUUGGAUUCCGGCUCGACCAAGGAGUUCUUCAGGCGGUCCAAAAUCGCCGUCUACGAGAAGAUGUGGGGCUACAUGAAGUCGGCCGAGCCCACCGUCUUCACGAAGACCACGGCGGAGGGCGUGGCGCGCGUCCGAAAGUCCAAAGGGAAGUACGCCUUCCUCCUGGAGUCCACCAUGAACGAGUACACCGAGCAGCGCAAGCCCUGCGACACCAUGAAAGUGGGAGGGAACCUGGACUCCAAAGGCUACGGAGUAGCUACACCCAAGGGUUCACAGUUAAGAACGCCUGUAAACCUUGCCGUAUUGAAACUGAGUGAAGCAGGAGUCUUAGACAAACUGAAAAACAAAUGGUGGUACGAUAAGGGGGAGUGUGGACCCAAGGACUCGGGAAGUAAGGACAAGUCAUCCCAGGCCCUAAGUCUGAGCAACGUGGCGGGGGUCUUCUACAUCCUGGUGGGGGGCCUGGGCCUGGCCAUGCUGGUGGCGCUCAUCGAGUUCUGCUACAAGUCGCGCAACGAGGCCAAGAGAAUGAAGCUGACGUUCACAGAGGCCAUGAGGAACAAGGCGCGCCUGUCCAUCACGGGCAGCGUCGGGGAGAACGGACGGGUGCUGACGCCGGACUGUCCCAAGGCCGUCCACACGGGGCCCCCCCUCCGCCAGGGCUCCGGCCUGGCGCUGGUCUCCUCCGAGCUCCCGUGAAAACCAAAAACCGCUCAAGUGCCUUAUUCCAAAAAGCAAGAGGUGGGAAAUGAAAAACAAACAAAAAAAAAACAAUAAUCGCACCGACGUCCUCGCGAAAAACACUUACGCCGAGGGAGCAGGAUUCACCGCCAGAGAGGGAGGGGGGGGUGGGGGCGGAGAAGAGGCAACAGAUCCCGCUGUCAGAGGUCACGUGACCUGUUGUGAAUAAAAGGAUCCCCCACCUCCCCCCACCCCACCCCCCCCCUCCCAAAAUCUGUGGAAACCAGAGGCAGAAAAAUCGAAAUCAAAAGGUCAUGGGAGUCCACUGGAGGACCUUCGACCUUGACCCCCCCCCCCCCCCCCUCCA